UUGGUUGCACUUAUUGAGAUGGAGCCGACGGACGGAGACACUGUUUGUAUGUUUAUCACAAAGCGGAUGACGUCUAGUCCCUCUCUAGACCUCCGAUUCGAGUUUUCGUUUUAUCAGUAGCCUAGAAGAUUUAGUAGCAAGAUACAGCUGCUCAGACUGCGUUGACCGGACACAAAUCAGAACAUCGUCGCUCGAGAAGAAUGUCGACGAUUGAAAGAGUUUUAGCUACAUAAUAUCUCUGUUGGUUUGUCGAAAACUACAACAUUAUACAUAUUUGAAUCGGUGAAAAUGGUAUCGUGUCGAGUUUGAGAGGUUUUCGAGCAUGCGGUUUAGUAGGAGGAUGUGAGUAGGAUCCAGCACAUCUGGAGAUGGAAAUCUCUACGUGACUGUUAGAGACUAUUCAACGUAGGCUACUUGGGAUAUUGUGAAUCAAAAGACUUGUUAUUAGCCUACUUCUAUGGGAGAUAAGCGGUGCUCUGGCAAAAUUGCUGAUGUAAAACGGUUCCAUAAAGAGUUGGAUGUGAACUGACUUGUUGCUGCUACGGGAAACCCAGAAAUGGGGGAAGUCACCAUACUCAAGGCCCUGCUUGCCACAGCUUGGCUACUAUGUGUUCCUGCAGAUCAGAUAACAGAUUACUCAUCCACAGAGGAAGUGGCUGGCUCCAGUCGCUUGGUGACGUGUGCGUGCGAAAACCGUCCAAACUGCCCUGGCACUUGCUCUGGCCAUUGGUGCUUCUUCACCGUGGUCCACGGUGCCCAGUCCAGGGGCUGCUUCGAGCAGGCGCAGUACGAGACCUGCCGCACAGCGCGCAUCCCAGGCCUGCACAUCUCCUGCUGCAACAACAAGGACCUGUGCAAUGAGGACCUCACCGAGCCCAAAGUACCAGAGGUGAAGCCACCGGCUAGUGAGACAGGUCCAGACAGCGUGAUCAUGCUGGUGGCCGUGCCUCUGCUGCUGCUGCUGAUCGUCGCCAUGGCCACGUGUGCCCUGGUGCUGUGGCUGCGCUCCCGCAAGCCCCACUACAGACUCGCCAAGGACGACGACGACGCCACCAUGAUGAAGAUCCAUGCAGGAGCUGACCCCAACUACGGGGACAUUUUUGAUGAGUUCUGCACCUCUGGCAGUGGGACAGGGCUGCCUUAUCUGGUGCAGAGAACGAUGGCUCGACAGAUUUCACUUGUGGAGUGUGUCGGUAAAGGCCGUUAUGGAGAAGUGUGGAGAGGCACGUGGACGGGUGAGAGUGUGGCUGUAAAGAUCUUCUCCUCUCGGGACGAGCAGUCCUGGUUCCGUGAGACUGAGAUCUACAACACUGUUCAGCUCAGACAUGACAACAUCCUGGGCUUUAUUGCGUCAGACAUGACGUCCAAGAACUCCAGCACGCAGCUGUGGCUGAUCACACACUUCCACGAGCUGGGCUCGCUCUACGACUUCCUGCAGUACAGCAGCCUGGACCCCGAGGGCUGCCUGCGCAUGUGCCUGUCUGUGGCCAGUGGCCUGGUGCACCUGCACACCGAGAUCCUCAGCACGCAGGGCAAGCCGGCCAUCGCCCACCGAGACCUCAAGAGCCGCAACAUCCUGGUCAAGAGGAACGGACAGUGCUGCAUCGCCGACCUGGGCCUGGCCGUCAUACACUCUCAGAACAAUGACUACCUGGACGUGGGCAACAACCCUCGCGUGGGCACCAAGCGCUACAUGGCGCCAGAGGUGCUGGAUGAGAGCAUCCGCGUGGAAGUCUUCGAGUCUUACAAGCAGACGGACAUUUGGGCCCUCGGCCUGGUGCUGUGGGAGAUCACCCGCCGGACCGUCGUGAAUGGAAUUGUGGAGGAGUACCGUCCUCCCUUCUUUGACGUGGUGCCCUCGGAUCCCAGCUUUGAGGAGAUGAGAAAAGUUGUGUGUGUGGACCAGUAUAGGCCAAGUCUGCACAACAGGCUGUGUUCCCAUCCGAUCCUGUCCACCAUAGCAAAGGUCAUGAAAGAGUGCUGGUUCCAGAGCCCCCCAGCGCGUUUGACAGCUCUCCGUGUGCGCAAGACCCUGUCCAAACUGGACCAGGACGCAGACCAGAGCACAGAAAAGCUCAAACAGGACGUCUGAACAACAACCACCACAGGAAGACACAGGAAUCGACCCAAGCGUGGAAAUCAAAGUUUUAUAUAUAUAUACUGUAUAUUUGCUGUUUCCUCUGCAAGAGCUGCCAUGCUUUUUCCUUGUGAUCUUUCUUGAGAUGGCCUCGCCUAAUGUGCCUUUUGAGACGGUUUCUACGCUUCAGCCCAUGACAUCACUGUCCAGUCUCGUGCUCUAUGGCCAAGGCCGCCUCUUAAGAUUUCCUGCCAUUCAGAGCCUUUGACCACUGUUUUGGACUCAACUGAGACGGACUUCAGGCCCCGCUGGUGCUUUUCUCUGCGCGCUUGUGUUUUCUUUUUUUUGUACAGGAAUGUAAUCCAGGAUUUAGUGACUGUGUCGUAAAAGCCCGUCAAGCGUGACAGGCGAGCAACAGAGCAGACGCUGGACAACUAACGAGGGGAAAGUGAAUGCACGUCAGUGCGGCAUUUCAGUCCACAGUUCUUGGUGUCCUGCUCAUUUUUCAAGGCUUUUGUUUUGCCAGGAUGUGCAUGUCAUUCUGGCUUCCCUCAAACAUUUCCGCAAAUUCCUUAAGGAUUUUCCUGUCAUUCCUGAAGGAGGUAUUUCGUUCCAAAUAGCUGGGCAGGGUGGGAGCCAUAUUUCCCAUUCCGUGUCAGUGUGUUUAAUUGUAUGGAUGGAGAUGUAUUGAUUCGACUCUUCCUGGAAGCCCACUGCAUCAACCACAUGCACGAUGCACGUUCCCAUUAAGACACCACUUCCUUUAUUAUUUCAACACCAUUUGCCAUUGCACAUGUGCCAAUAGUGAUCACAUCAGUAUCUUCAGCUCUUAAGCUUGCCAUUUAAUACUUUUGUAUGAUAUACAUUUUUAUCAACAAGAUUUUUGUAAUCAUCAUCAAGGAUAUCCAUAGGCUACAAUUUUUUGAAGUAUAAAACAAUAAUAUUAUAUCUAUAACAGGACAUGGUGAUAAAUUUAAAAAAGGAAAUAAAGAAACACUAUGCAAUCAUGGUCAUUCUUUUAGAAGUCAUGUUUUUCAAAAAGCAAUUGUAGGUUUAGGUGGCUGUUUACUGUAGAUUGGUUGCCUUAUAAUCAUUCUUAUCCUGUGACUUACUUGUACCUAGAUUUGUUAUCCACUAGGGGGCAGCAAUUCAUAUAUUGUCUGCUCCAAGGCGGUCUAACACCUCAUAACUUCUUGUGUGCACAUAACACUUGUGGUGAUCUGCAACACAUAUUGUUCUGUUUAUGUGAAACAUGUUUCAUUCAAUUAACUGAAUAACUGUUGUGCUUUGAUCAUAUGCAAACAUAUACACAUAUGGAUCUAUUGCUAUUUUGACAGCAGUCUGUGAUAAAGUUAGUUUACUUGUAGCUAUCUGAAGACAUGGCCCUAAUCCUGCAAUAUCUGCAAUUCACUGUGGUGCGACAGGAUUUCACAGACACAAAAUGUAACCUAUCUUUCAUAAUCAUGUUUCAUUCAGACCUAUGCUUUUGUCUGUGAACGACUUUUAUUUUACUCUUCUGCAAAGAAGGUUUAAUUGCCCAUUCAUGUACAGACCCUGGCAAAAAUAAAAAUGAAGAUGACAA